CUGGUUCAGACUACACGAUUUUAGCCCGAAUCUGGCACGAUCCGUUUGACGUAAGUGUCGUAGGGAUUCGUAAACGACAAUGGAGGUCGGGACGCAAGAUUUGAUCGUUUCAUCUCGUAUAGUGUGUCAUAGUAUACGACAACCGAAACCGCGUCUGCGAUAGUUCACGACAACACGGCAGAAAGACUAGCAUGUUGAAUUUUUUUUGCGGUCCUUCACGACGGGUUCCGUCACAUGGGUGACGCUGACCAAUCGGAGCACAGACGCUUUUUGUACACAACUUUCAAACAUGGCGAAACGCAAGAGAGAUGAUGGUGCGGCUAGGUGGACUUAUGAAUUGGAGGAAAAGUUCGUGGAGCUGUGGCAACAGUACGGCUGCCUGUACGAUGUCACAGCGAGGGACUACCACGACAGGUUGAAAAAAGAAAAAUGCUGGAGAACGAUAGCGGAAGCCAUCAAGCAACCCGUUGGUGAGGUACAAACAAAAGCUGCUUCCCUCCGAACACAAUAUGGUAAAGUACUCCGUCCAAAGCCAAGUGGCAGUGGCGACAAAGAAUUAACUACCAGACAGAAAUGGAUUUUAAAUAACCUGCAGUUUCUACAACCAUUUGUUGUUCACCGUGUGUCUCAGUCUACACUGAAUUUGGAUGACUUAGAACAGAGCAUCACUGAUGAGGGUGGAGAAGACCAGGAGACAGAAGAGGAUGUGUGUGAGUCAUCCACCUCCACCUCCCACCACACAUCUACAUCUUCAACUCCACAAACCCCACUUGAAACCUCAUCAUCUCACCAUCAUCACAAGGUCACAAUCAAUCCUGAAAGGGCAAAUUACAAGGCCAAACAAAAAUCAAGAGACAAAUCAUCAGAUGAACUUGAAAUAGAGAAAGUUAACAUUCUUAAAAAUAUGUCUGAAUCACUAGUAGAUGCCAGUAAGGAUGUUGAUCAAACAUUUGGCAAACAGGUAGUGACCGAGAUGAAGCUGAUCAAAGACCCACUGACCAAAAUGAGAUUGCGUCGCAACAUCCUUAUGAUGUUAUAUGAUGCACAUGAGAAUGAGGCCAGAUUAGCAUUAGACCCCCCACGAGCUUUACGCCCCCAAACAACUUGGCAGGGACACACAAAUUUUAAUCAACCCUACCAAAACACAUCCAAUCAUGUACCCUCUGCAACACCUCCAGUGAGCUAUCUCAGGGCAGUAGAAGAGGCAUAUGACCAGGAAAGAGACAGGAUGUAGGGUCAAGUCUUGAUCUGUUUUUGUUUUUUGUUUUCUGAUGGUGCUAGACUGCAGUCACAUUGUUGGUUUUGCUGUUUUUUGUUGGCACUUUAUCAGCCGUUGAUGUUUAUUCUGUUCUGCAAUAUUUGCAUAUUUAAAAAAGUGAAUACAUUUUUUUGUAAAGAGUAAAGAAAAGAGAGUGUAAUUUAUUUUUAAUAAAAGUUUUUA